CCCACACCACAACCGACUCCUUUUGUGCGGUCCUCUAUUAAGUUGUAUUGGGGGAUGUUGUCGUCUUUGUUUUGUGUGUGUGUGCGCGUGUAAGAGAGAGAGAGAGAGAGAGAGAGGAGAGAGAGAUAGUAGAAAAGUGGACGCUUGGGCAACACUAACCACUUCCUCCCUCGCUCCGUCGGACCAUUUCUUGAUUCCAGAGCUCUCCGACUCCCUCUUCUCCCGUUCCUGUCGUUCCUCUUCGAAUUUGGAUCUUGGGUUAGGAGGGGAAAAUGUCUGGAGGAACGCAGCAGAGCUUGAGGAAGUACUUGGGAGCUAUCAAAGACACGACUACAGUCAGCUUGGCCAAAGUGAACAGCGAUUACAAGGAGCUAGACAUCGCCAUCGUGAGGGCCACAAACCAUGUUGAGCGUCCUGCCAAGGAGAAGCACAUUCGAGCCAUCUUUUUUGCUAUUUCAGCAUCCAGACCUCGGGCAGAUGUUGCUUACUGCAUUCAUGCUCUUGCUAGGCGUCUUGCAAAGACACACAAUUGGGCGGUUGCAUUGAAAACCCUGAUUGUUAUACAUCGUGCUCUAAGGGAAGUGGACCCCACAUUCCGUGAAGAACUCAUUAAUUAUGGGAGAAGUAGAAAUCAUAUGCUGAACUUGUCUCAUUUUAAAGAUGAUUCCAGUGCAUAUGCCUGGGAUUAUUCUGCAUGGGUACGUACUUAUGCUCUAUUUUUAGAGGAGAGGCUUGAGUGUUUCCGUGUUCUCAAGUAUGACGUUGAGAUGGAUCCUCCGAGAACUAAGAAUCUUGAGACUACUGAGCUGCUUGAACAUUUGCCAUCACUGCAGCAUCUACUACAUCGCCUACUUGGCUGCCAGCCACAAGGAGCAGCAUGCCAUAAUAUUAUAAUUCAUCUUGCACUUUCUAUGGUUGCUGGGGAGAGUAUUAAGAUUUAUAAUUCUAUUAGUGAUGGUAUAACAAAUAUGGUUGACAAGUUUUUUGAGAUGCAACGACAUGAUGCAGUUAGAGCACUAGAUAUAUACAGAAGAGCAGGUCAUCAGGCCGAAAGACUGUCAGAAUUUUAUGAAGUGUGCAAAAGCAUGGACAUUGGUCGUGGAGAAACAUUUAUAAAAAUUGAACAGCCCCCUGCAUCAUUUCUAACCACAAUGGAGGACUAUGUGAGAGAUGCUCCACGAUCUUCGACUGUUGGCAAAGAUCAGGCAAGAGAUGAGAAAGAUGUUUCUCCAAAGGAAGUAUUAGCAAUAGAGUACAAGAAGACUCCUGAAGAGGAAGAAGCACCUCCACCGCCACCUCCACCACCAGAACCAGUUAAAGUGGAAACCCUUGUGUCUGAAGUAUCAGAACAGACAGACUUGCUGGGAUUAAAUGAUGCCAACCCAGAUAAAUCAGACCUAGAUAGCAAGAAUGCUAUGGCACUUGCCAUUGUUCCAGUUGAUAAUGUUUCAAGCUUUGCUACCUCUAGUAACCCAGAAAAUGGAACUACAGGCUGGGAGUUGGCACUUGUGACAGCUCCCAGCUCAAACGAAACUGCUGUGGCUUCAAGUAAAUUGGCUGGAGGACUGGACAAGCUUACAUUAGACAGCUUAUACGAUGAUGCAGAGAGAAUAGCAAAUCAAAAUGUGACCUACAACCCAUGGGAGUUGGCUCCCAUGGCAGCUCCAAUGAUGCAACCAAUGGUUCAUGACCCAUUCUAUGCUUCAAAUGCAAUUGCUGCACCUCAUUUGGUGCAGAUGGCAGCAAUGGCCCAGCAACAGCAAGCUUUCCUGUUCCAGCAGCAGAUGAUAAUGGCUGGUCAGCAACCUCAUCAGGCCCCUGUGAACCCUUUUGCUAAUCCAUAUGCAGAUGUUCCAUAUGCUUCAGGAGUGCCUCUUCAAGCAUCCAAUGCAUACACUGGUCUUAUCUAGAUGAGAGAAAUGCUCUUAUAUUUUGUUCUUCACAGGAUUACUGUCAAUAGUGGCUGAUGGCAAUUUUUAUGAGGCAUAUUGAUCGAUAGUCAUGAUUUAUUUCUAGUGGCAUUGUAUAUGCUAUGUAACUAUUUAUUUGCAUUGUGAGUGAGGAACAAUAUUUGAUUAUUUGUUACCAUAGAUUAUAAUAAUGAAGAUUAUUUUCUAUGAUUCUCUAUGAA